AUGUAUGAGAAUGAUGGAGCAAUUGGCAAUCAAAUACCAACAAAACCUCCAACCACGGCCUCAUUGAGCGACAUAUGUACAAACCUCACCGAUUCAUUGGGACACAGUGCAUCCCCGCUGAGUCAUGUCUCUUUUCUUUCAAACAAUAAGAAAAAUACUUCAGGAGCAACAUCAUCAACAGUUUCCUCAUCAUCCCCCAUCUUAGCAGCUUCCUCACUCAUCUCGCAACCACCACCAUCGCCAACAUCUGAAGCAACAUCCCUGCCAACCAUGCCAUUGCCCUUAAUAUCAUCGCAGGUACAUCAAGGACAUCAAAGCAUUCAUUCACCCCUACCGCAGCAAGAAAACGAUUUCCGGCAUACGCCAAAUAGAAAUCUUUGGGUUAACGAUAUACCACCAGGAGAAGAUUUAAGGCACACAUGCAAAGGCGUUCUCAGCGAUAGGUCGUCCUUCUUUGACAUUCCCGUACCAUCUACACACCCUUACUGCUACAGAUUUUCCACCGCACCACAUCUCGUCAAAAGGGAACCAGUCGAGGGAUGGCACACCUCAUACCCAGAUCGGCUCUUUACGGAUCAGAUUUACAGUAAUAUGAAAUCAGUUGUAACACAGACUGUGUGUGGGUCUCAAGGAAUCUCCUCGAGUCACCCUUCAAUAUACCCCGACUCCACGUCUCACAUAAACCACUCCCCCAUUGUGUCCACUGGGAAUCACCAUCAUCACUUGGUAGAGUCAUCUCAGCACAAUUACCAACAAAGCUACAACCUACGCUCAAAUUCCGAUACCACAGCCGCUGUUACGUCCACAGAACCCGAUUAUAUCCCUUCCUGCGGAGGAUCAAACAAUAAUUCCGCCGCUGUUACCAUUCAUCCGUCAAAUACAACCAUCCACCAGCGACGUGGAUCUCUGCAGUUGUGGCAAUUUCUUGUGGCACUCUUGGAUGAGCCAACUGCAAGUGCCGGAUGCAUAGCAUGGACAGGACGAGGGAUGGAAUUUAAAUUGGUUGAACCUGAAGAAGUUGCCAGGAGGUGGGGUAUUCAGAAGAAUCGACCAGCAAUGAAUUAUGAUAAAUUAUCACGGAGUCUACGGUAUUACUAUGAAAAAGGAAUAAUGCAAAAAGUCGCAGGGGAGCGAUAUGUUUACAAGUUUGUCUGUGAUCCCGAGGCCCUGUUCAACAUGGCAUAUGGCUCAAAUACCGGUGCGAAUGUGGAUACCCAGAGCAAUUCCUUAGCAUUACCAACCCGCAAUGAUUCGGGUCAUUUACAAAAUGGACUACCAACGACUACGGAAACUACCACCUUUGUACAAAAUCGCACAAGCUCCACAUACUACUCCUACCCCUAUCAUCACAUUUCUAAGGAUCAAUCAAAUGAAAUGUACUCAACUAAUUUGUUACGAACACCCUGA